AUGGUACAGAUGCGAGCACGAGAGCUGGACGAUGGCCUCGCCCUCGGUCUCGUCAAAGGUCGAGAGGCAGAUGGAGCAGGCUUCGUCGGCGUCGACGCCAUGCGGCUUGUCGAGCGUGUGGUUGAGCAUACGCUGCAUGGCGCGGAGGUCGAGCAUGUCGCUGGGCACGCCGAGGAACGUUUGGAGGAGCGAGUGGAAGGCGUGAAAGGUUGGCGAGAGCGGCUCGUCGAGCUUGAGCUUCUGGUACGCGUAGUAGAAGCACUCAGCGUGGACGGCCAUGAGCUUUCGAAGAAAGGUCUCGAGGAUGCGGAUACGCUCCUUGAUGAUAAAGACGCUGUCGCCGUUGUACACGCGGCGCGGAAACGGCAUCUUCAUGAUGCUGCGCAGCAUCGGCGUAAGCGGGUCGGCCUUCAUCUUCAGCUCGCAGUGAACCCAGAGCGCAUCGAGCUGCUUCCGGAAAGUGUGGUACGCAGAAUAGCGCUUCUUGACGAGCCACCACCGGCGCGUGAUGGGGCAAUAGGCGGUCAUCGUGUAGAGCGUGUACAUCGUGGCGUCCUCGACGACCUGAGUCGCGCAUGGGUGCACCUGCGCCGACUCGAGGAAGGCGGCUUGGUCGUCCGAGAGGCCUCGAGGCGCCGACUCCUCCUUGCGCGAGACGGCGUGGUGGAGGUGAAUGAGCUGGUGCGCGAGGCAACGCUGGACCGCGGCAGUGAUGGCUGGCAUGGCAAA